AUGGAUAAGGACCACUCUAUGAGAGACCCAGCUCCUAUAGCACUAGUUGCACAAGGGACUGAUGACACAUCCCUUGCUGAGCGCACCGCUGCUUAUGAGAAGGAGAAAGAGCGUUGGGAGCGCUCCGACAGAGUGGCGCUCAUGGUCAUGGACUUGACCAUCAGCCCCACAAUCAGGGGAGCGCUUGAGAAGGAGCCUAAGAAUGCUAAGAGCUUCAUGACUAACAUUGAGACGUACUUUAAGGGCUCUGCAAAGGCCGCAUCCAAUACUCUCAUGUCUCAGCUCAUGAAUUCUAAGUACUACGGGCAAGGCAAUGUCAGAGAGCACAUUAUGGGGAUGGUCAACAUGAGGGAUAAGCUUCAGGACCUCGAUUGCCCCCUUAAUGAUGCUACAUUGCUUCACCAUGUUAUGAUCUCACUCCCACCAGCCUUUGAGACCUUCAAGGGAUUGUCUGGCGUGCGGACUAUAAGAAGGGGGGCCCGAAGUCUCAGGGUCGUGUAA